UCAUAAUUCACACCAAGCAAGAACCAAACCAAAAAUUAAGGAUCAUGGAAGUCAGCAUUGUUUCGACAGAGAGGAUCAAGCCAUCUUCUUCAACACCCGAUCAUCUCAGAACCUUCAAACUAUGUCUCCUGGAUCAACUCAUUCCUGCUCCUUAUGCCCCGCUUGUCUUGGUCUAUCUCAACGAAGAUGGCGCCACCCAUCUUCAAAUCCUGGACAGAGUAGAAGCUCUGAAGAAAUCGCUGUCGGAGACCUUAACUCGCUUCUACCCACUCGCCGGACAGAUCAAAGACGACCUGACAAUCGACUGCGAUGAUGGAGGAGCUUGUUUCGUGGAGACUAAGGUUAAUUGUUUCCUCGGUGAGUUUCUAAACCGGCCAGACCUCCAACUGAUUCAUCGGUUUCUCCCUUGUGAAGCCGGUUUCACUGGCCCAUCGGCCGGAACUCCGGUGGCUUCCAUUCAAGUCAACGUCUUCAAAUGCGGCGGCAUCGCUAUUGGGUUGUGCAUUUCGCAUAAAAUCUUUGACGGAGCUUCUCUGAGCACGUUCAUGAAAGCGUGGGCCGCCGCUGCUUCCGGGGCUAAGCAAAUCCCGUAUCCCGACUUCGCCGGAGCUUCUCUCUUUCCGGCGAACGACACGUGGCUUAGAGAUUCUUCCAUGACGAUGUGGAGUUCUUUGUUCAAGACGGGAAGAUGCAAAACGAGGAGAUUCGUGUUCGAUGCUUCGGCCAUAGCCACGCUCAAGGCAAAAGCGGCAACCUCCUCUGUUCACAGCCCUACGAGAGUCGAAGCAGUCUCGGCUUUCCUAUGGAAAUCCGCCAUGGAAGCAAGAUUGGGCUACAGAAGGCCUUCCCUGCUGAGCCACGUGGUGAAUCUGCGACCGAGAACAGCUCCAAACUUGCCGGAAAACUCCAUCGGAAACCUCAUAUGGAUAGCCAGCGCAGAGUGCACGGCCGAGUAUGAUCAACUCGGGCUGCGAGGUUUGGUGGGAAAGGUAAAAAGAGGAAUCUCGGAGAUCAACAGUGAGUUGGCGAAGAAGCUGAUGAGAGUGAGCGGCAAUGAGAGGUUUAGUGCGAUAAGCAAGAGCCUGAAACGGGUCCAAGAAUUGGGGUCCAAGUCAAAGGAAGUGGAUUACUAUGGGUUCACGAGCUGGUGCAACCUGGGAUUCUAUGAAGCUGAUAUUGGGUGGGGAAGGCCAGUGUGGGUGAGUGGCAUUGGGUCUUGUGCUUCAGUGUUCAUGAACCUCAUCGUUUUGAUGGAUACCAGAAGUGGGAAUGGGAUAGAAGCUUGGGUGACCUUGGAUGAAGAAGAGAUGGCCAUUCUAGAAUCUGAUUUGGAGCUUCUAACAUUUGCUUCAUUGGAUCCAAGUCCUCUCAGACUUUGUAAAUUAAUUUGAAGCUCCCUUUCAGUCGCUUUUUAGGUGCCAAGCUUCCUCGGUAGAUGUUCCUUGGAUCCAUAUAUCUUGUACAAGAAUCUAUCUUUCUUCGUGUAAAUACAAAACUCUUAAUCUAUGGUCUGAAUAAAUUAUAAUUCUAAAUAA